GCGGUGUGCCCUGGUCGACUUGGGGGUGCGGCCGCCAUUGUCCGCGGCCAGGGUAAGGCCUUAUUCUGGACCAAAGGGCUACCGAUGUCGUUGUCGCGGAGAGCCUGGCAGGUCGUGGGAACGGCCGCGGAGAAGCGGCACCUGCGGGUCGAGCUGGCUCAGUGCCGGGUUGCAACGGGGGCCUUCUCUUUUCUCGCCGACUCGGUGCCCCGGUUGCCCUCGACCCUCCGGCUCCGGGGUCUGGGUGUGCGAUUCGUUCUGACUGGGAAAGGCCGGCCCUAGUGGGCCGAGUAGGCCAGGUCUGGGACGGUGUCUUGGUGCAGGACAGAAGUCAGACGCUCGGUGCAGGAGCCCCGAGCCAGCUCAGUCGCAGCGCGAGGUUGGGGCGAGUGGCUGCGAGCCAGGCUAAUAACUACAGUGCUCCUGGGCAGGACUCUGGCUGAUUAAUCUUCUGGGAUGGCAGCCAUCAACCCAUGGCCCUCCUGCGGUACCUUCAUGGACCAGUCUUGGGGGAUGGCAGCUGCUGACCCUUCUAUCUCCUGGGAUCUGUGCCCUCAGUCUCCAGCAUGUCACAUAGAGGGAAGCCCUGAGGAAGGGGGAAGAAAGGCAGGUGGGCUUCCAACAGCCCAAGUCCAGGAACCAGUGACUUUCAAAGACGUGGCUGUGGCCUUUACCCAAGAAGAGUGGGGCCAGCUAGACCUUGUUCAGCGAACUCUGUACCGUGAUGUGAUGCUGGAGACCUAUGGACACCUACUUUCUGUGGGGAAUCAGAUUGCUAAGCCUGAAGUCAUCUCCCUGUUGGAACAAGGAGAAGAACCAUGGUCAGUGGAGCAAGGAUAUCCUAACAGCACUUGUCCAGAGUGGAUGAAAAAUGUUGAAAGCAAAGCAUUGAUUCCAGCACGGAGUGUUUUUGAGGAAGAACAAUCCAGCAACAGAAUGAUGUUAGAAAGAUACAUAUGGGAUAAUCCUUGGCUCUCCAGGCUAGGAGUUUUGGGAUAUAGAGACCAAUUAGAAAUGUAUCACAUGAACCAGAGCACAGGUGUGAGGCAAAUGGUCUUCAUGCAAAAACAGGUACUUUCUCAACGAGGUUCUGAAUUCUGUGAACUUGGCACAGAGUACAGCCAAAGCUUAAACUUGAUUCCAUCUCAGAGAGUUUCUCAAUUAGAACAUUUCCACAAACCUGAUACACAUCUUGAAAGUUGGAGAUGUAAUUCAGCCAUAAUGUAUGCAGAUAAGGUUACCUGUGAAAAUAAUGAUAAUGAUAAAGCCUUCUGCCAAUCUGUUCAGCCUGUUUACACUGGAAAAAUGCAAACUGGAGAUAAUCUGUUCAAAUGUACUGAUGCUAUUAAGUCUUUCAAUCACAGUAUACAGUUUGUUGAUCAUAAAGCAGUCCAUACAGGAGAAAAAUUCUAUGGAUAUAAAGAAUACCAUCAAAUCUUUAACCAGAGCCCAUCACUUAUUGACCACCCAAGACUUCAAAUUGGAGGAAACCAGUAUGAAAAAUAUAAAGAGUAUGAAAAUAUCUUUUAUUUCUCAUCUUUUAUGGAACAUCAAAAAAUUGGCAGUGUAGAAAAAGCAUAUAAAUACAAUGAAUGGGAGAAAGUCUUUGGUUACGACUCAUUACUUGCUCAACAUACAAGCACAUACACUGCAGAGAAACCCUAUGAAUUCAACAAAUGUGGAACAUCUUUUAUCUGGAGCUCUUACCUUAUCCAGCAUAAGAAAACUCAUCCUGGAGAGAAACCCUAUGAAUGUGAUAAAUGUGGAAAAGUUUUUAGGAAUCGUUCAGCCCUUACUAAGCAUGAACGGACUCACACUGGAAUAAAACCCUAUGAAUGUAACAAGUGUGGGAAAGCAUUCAGUUGGAAUUCUCAUCUUAUUGUACAUACAAGAAUCCAUACAGGAGAAAAACCUUAUGUAUGUAAUGAAUGUGGGAAAUCUUUCAACUGGAACUCCCAUCUUAUUGGACAUCAGAGAACUCAUACUGGAGAGAAACCUUUUGAGUGUACUGAAUGUGGCAAGUCUUUUAGCUGGAGUUCCCAUCUUAUUGCCCACAUGCGGAUGCAUACUGGAGAAAAACCCUUUAAAUGUGAUGAAUGUGAAAAAGCUUUUAGGGAUUAUUCAGCCCUUAGUAAACAUGAAAGAACUCACUCUGGAGCAAAACCAUAUAAAUGUACUGAGUGUACUAAGUCCUUCAGCUGGAGCUCCCAUCUUAUUGCUCACCAGAGAACUCACACGGGAGAGAAACCUUAUAACUGUCACGAAUGUGGCAAAGCUUUCAGAGAGCGUUCAGCCCUUAGAAAACAUGAAAUUAUUCAUUCGGAAAUUAAGCCCUAUGAAUGUAAUAAAUGUGGAAAAUCCUGUAGCCAGAUGGCUCAUCUUGUUAGGCAUCAAAGAACUCAUACAGGAGAAAAGCCCUAUGAGUGCAAUAAAUGUGGAAAAUCCUUCAGUCAGAGCUGUCACCUUGUUGCUCAUCGGAGAAUUCACACUGGUGAGAAACCCUAUAAGUGUAAUCAAUGUGAACGAUCCUUUAAUUGUAGCUCUCACCUAAUUGCACACCGGAGAACUCAUACUGGAGAGAAACCGUACAGGUGCAACGAGUGUGGGAAAGCAUUUAAUGAGAGUUCUUCCCUUAUUGUACACUUGAGAAACCAUACGGGAGAGAAACCCUAUAAAUGUAAUCAUUGUGAAAAAGCCUUCUGUAAGAAUUCUUCCCUGAUUAUUCACCAGAGAAUGCAUAGUGGAGAGAAACGCUUUAUAUGCAAUCAAUGUGGAAGAGCCUUUAGUGGUCACUCAGCCUUACUUCAACACCAGAAAAAUCAUAGUGAAGAGAAACUAUAAUUGAACUGGUUAAAGACUUUUCUUUUACUGUGUGUUUAAACAACACGUUGGGGAAGAAAGCCCUAUAAGUAUAACCAAGAGGGAAGUUUUUCACUAAGAAUUCAGUUAAGCUGUCUUUGCUAUACAACAGGAAAUCUCUUUUUAGAAGAAAUUUUAUAACUGACAUAAAUGAAAAGACUAGGGAAAACCUUUCAGCAGCUAUGUAGCCUCUAUUCAAUGGUAGGAAAUUAUAGGAAAAAAGUUCUAAGCUUCUUAUGUGGUCCACAAGGAAUCCAUAUUUGAGGAACAUGAUUGGGUAAAUGAAGUAUUCUAGCAAAAGCUCUGAUUUGUAGAUCAAAAUGUAGAAGUUUGUGCAUUAUUAAGAGGAAAGUCUUGUGCCAAGAAUAGUGUUUUAACUGGAAAUAUACUACCUGGAAUAUUAGAUGGAAAGCUUUACAUUAACAUUUUUUUCAUAAUGAUAGAAACAGAUUUUGCUAUUACAAGGGGAGGGUCUAGGUGCUCUUUAAGAGAUAGAAUAUGGAAUACUAAGUCUGAAUUUAUGAAAAAAACUAGUGUAGUACUAAGUGGGGUAUUUACUGUUGAUCAAGGUUAACCUCUUUAGAAAAGAUUAGUAAGAGAGAUAAGUAAUAAUAGAAGAUAGAAAGGUUGUUGUUGCCUAGAAAUAUGAAACUGAAUUUUGAAACAGAAACCAAUACUUAAUGUAGUGUCAGUGUUCAUUGGUACAUAUCAGUCAGUUAUUGGGCAGUUAGCUUAUAACUCUUUUAGGCAAUCACUAUAAAUUAUAAUUGUGGGCACUGGCAAUAUACAUAACAAGAAACAACAAUAAGAAGGACACAAUUGUAUAUAAACAUCUACUAUAACAUCUAAAAAAGUGUGUUUGGAUAAAGACCUCUUAAAACUAUGGAGAAAUUAACCCAGUUAAUUUAAGGUUUUUGUUGGUUUUUUUUUUUUUCUUUUUUUAAGUUUAGUUUUUGUUUUUGUUUUACAAAUAUAUAAGCACUUAACAUGUGCUAGGCCUCCUUUUAAAUAUUUUUUUUAAAUACUAACUUAUUCAAUUCCCUUAACUCUAUGAAGUAGCAUUGUUACUACCCCCAGGCUUACAAAUGGAUAAACAGAAGCAGAGGUGUUGAAUAACUUACCCAGGAGACACAUAAUAGGGAGUACAGUUAAGAUUGUUUGGCUCCAGAGUUUGUGUUUUUAACCACUGUGUUUUCUCACUUUUGUUCAGUGUUUUUAUAAUAAUAUUUGAUAAUAAAUUUCAAGAAAAUCCUAACUAAUAAAAACCUGGUUGCCUAGUUCCUAUAUCCUGAAGGAUUUCUACUAAUAUGUAAAUCACAUAUUUUUUUGGAAUAUGAACAGCUCUGAGAAGGACAUUGAAACCACUGUUUUCUGAGUCCUGGGUUUAAGGGUUACAGACAGCCGGGCAUUGCGAACUUGAGCAAGUGUAAGGACUUUCCCAUGGGGGUUCAGAUUUUGGGUUUCUAGUGCACUCAGCUCUUAGGUGACUAUAGACCUGUAGGAGGAAUAGGAGAGGAAGGGGAGAAAUAAAGGAGAGGAGGAGAAAAGGAGAAACUAAGGGGAGACGGAGAAUGAGAGAGGGGAGAUGGAGUCUUUUCUGUAGCAGUCAAAGGUAGUUGGUAUAUCUAGGUUGGGUAUUGGGUUACACCUCUGAUUGUAAAGGUAUCUUGUUACUGAUCUUUACUAAAUAUAUAAGCCUUUGGAUAAUCUAAGCAUUAGAGUCUCAUCUGUACCAAGCCUGUGUGGUUGGCGGGAUAGGCUGGGCAAUGCCCAGCCUUACAGAGACAGCGUGGAAGAUUGGCAGAGCCAUCUCCCACGCUGGUGUCUUGUGGGUGGCAGCGCUGGUGUUUCUGGCUGGCCAUUUCUGGCCACGUGGUUGAGCUAGGCAGAGCCACUGCAGCAAAGACAGUUGGCUUGACCAGCGGCCGUUUUUAAAUAAUUACAACAUAGACCUACUAUUAUGGAGAUAGUGUUAACUGCAGAAUUCUUGUCUGAGUUUUUCUUAGAGCAUAAGAGGUACAUGCUUCUCUGAAUAGAACAGUAAAUUUAGGGUAAAGGGUACUAUUUCUCUUCAUGCCUGGCUUUUCAGAUCUACUGAAAUACCAUCCAAGUUUCCUAGCAAUAACUUGAAUAAACUAUCAACUCAC